AUGAAUGCAGCAUUCCGGGAAGGGGAUGCUGCGCAGUCUGAAGUGGUCAAAGUGUGGUCUAUCAAUUACAUUUUCACUAAGGGAAUCGGGACCCCAUCUGUUGAUACAUUGGAAUUCGAAAUGAGAUUCGCUGGGGCAAAGAAGACUGUGAUAAAAAUCCAGAAGUAUGCCGAUGUGAUUGACAUGGAUGGAGGCAAGAAUGCAGUGGCAGACUUCAGUCCUGUUUUUCAAAUGGCGUUUAUGGGAUCCAACUGA